AGGAGAUCUCAUAUGCCGUUUAGUUAUAGGGCCACUCAUCACCGUUUGGAAAUUAGACGUCCCGAAACUGUACGCCAUCUCGCAGAUUGCCUGCGCCAUAACAACUUCUUCCUUUCCAACCGUGGUGAACGGCGUCCAGAUGAUUAUCCAAGGUUUCUUAUUCAGCGUGACUUUCGGCUGUCAGUGUUUAUUUCUCGCUCUCGUUCCGCGUGCGCUUUUCGGAAGUGAAAAUUUGAAUCGAAUCUUCGGCGUCUCUAUGUUUUUCGGAGGGAUUGGCAUUCUUAUUGGUCCACCGAUUGCAGGACUUAUUGUGGAUAUCACGCCAGGUCGCUCUUAUUGGUUGGCCUUGGUCUUCGCUUCUGUCAUGGAACUUUUAUCGGCAAUCGCAACAAUAGGCGCGCUGUUCUUCGCUAAUCCAAAAUAAAGUCUUUCCAAAAAUUGAAUAAUUUCUGGUUUGUUGAAAUUAAGUGAGAUUUAUUUGUUUCGUUGGUUAAUUGGACAUUCUCCACAUGUUAUGGACAAUUACAGAUUUUUUUCAAAAAUAGAUUCAUACUUUCACCUGCUGAAGAUAAAAACGAAACCUCAUUUUAUAGGAAGUUUCUUAUACAUCCACUGAUCUUUUCCUUUUCUAAUGUAGCAACU